AUUCCAAAGUCAAUGGGGCAAUUCAAGAAGGGCAGCAAGUCCAAGGCUGUGGCACCGUCGCCGCAGCAGCUUGAGAAGGAGGUGCUCACGCACCAUGCCAAGACCAUCUACUUCAACGGCCUCUGGAAGGACUUCUUGACGAAAGCCUGCGCCAUGGUCGGCGGCGUCUCGGGCUACCACGCGUACGCGCUCUUCAGCGGCGCCGGCUACAGCCUCCAGUUCAACCUCGCGUUCGAGCUCCUGUCGCUGGUCACGUCGGUCUCGUGCGUGUUCUUCUUGCACCGCAUCUACAAGCCGCUCCUUCUCUUCAAGCUCGGCUUUAGCCUCAUGCUCAUCCAGCUCUGCUGGUUCGGCGUCCAGGUCUACAACCUCCGCGUGCACAACAUCAAGGGCGAGCUCGACAAGGACCAGACGCCGAUGGGUACAAUCUGCUUUCUCUUUUGUUGGGCCUCGGACCGCUACAUGCUGCGCAAUGAAGCCCAGGCGCAGAAGGCCACGGCCGAAGUCGAGCAAAUCGCAAAGAAGCUGCAGUAGAGAGCGCUGCUUGGGAUGCCAUUUUCGCGUGUGUCGAAUAGAGUCGACGUUCUCGUUUCAUGC